AAAGAAUUCAAAUUUGAGUUUACUAGGAAGUUUCACUUUCUCUUUACCAAAUAUUCCAAGAACUUUGUAUGCAAUUACUUAUUUACCCUUCCUUCUAUAGAAUAUAUUUCUUUGCUUUCUUCUUCCAUUACCCAUUCAAAACUUUCCAAGUCCAAAUCUUCCACCCCUUUUACUUGAAAUCAAAAUGAAACACCAAAAACUUCACACAAAGUCCCUUUCAAAUCUUCUAAUACUAGUCACUAUCUUUCUCCUUUCAACAAAAUGGACCAUAGCACAAGAAGUUGAGGAUGAGCAUGAAUUUGAUUACAUAAAAGGGAGCGAAAAGGGUCCUUCACAUUGGGGUGAAUUGAAGAAGGAAUGGAAAGCAUGUAAGAAUGGAAGAAUGCAAUCUCCAAUUGAUAUGUCAAGCCACAGAGUGAGGAUAGUUCCAAAGUUAGGAAAAUUAAAGAAGAAUUAUAAGCCUCAUAAUGCUACUAUCAAAAAUAGAGGUCAUGAUAUUCAGGUGAAAUGGGAGGGAGAUGCAGGUUCAAUAAAUAUCAAUGGAACAAAGUUUUUUCUACAUCAAGCCCAUUGGCACUCACCUUCUGAGCAUACCAUCAAUGGAAGAAGGUAUGAUGUGGAGCUACAUUUGGUACAUGAAAGCCCAAAAAUAAAUGGGAAAAGCAAGAUUGCUGUUAUUGGAAUUCUAUAUAAGUUUGGCCGACCAGAUCCUUUUCUCACUAAGUUGUCAAAAUACAUAAAAGUCUUGGUGAAUACUGAAGCAGAAAUGAGUAUUGGAGUGGUUAAUCCCUCCAAAAUCAAGUUUGGAGGAAAAAAAUAUUACAGAUACAUUGGCUCUCUCACUGUCCCUCCUUGCACUGAAGGUGUCAUUUGGACUAUGAAUAAAAAGAUAAGAGGGGUGUCUAGAGCACAAGUGAAGUUACUUAGAGAGGCGGUUCAUGAUCAUGCAGAGAAGAAUGCUAGACCUUUGCAACUACUGAAUAGAAGAGAGAUACAACUCUAUGACCGAAAAAAGAAGGAAUGAACAAUAUAGGAACUUAUUGCAGCAAUCCAAUGAUACAAUUUUAUGUUUUUCUUGCAAGUUCUAUAAUAUUACUAGCAUUUUGUUUUGUAAGGUAUCACUUUUUCCAAUUCAUCUUUUAUACUAACUUUGUUUCCACUAGAAGCGCAGAUUACUUUUUAUGUUUUUAUCCAUGUUGUGAAAAGAGGAUUAUACUUGAUUUGAUUUGUCCGGUUAAGGAAAGGUGUGGUCGUGGAUCUGUUUUGGUCUCAACACUAUAUUGAAUAAACACCCAAUAAAAAUGUCUUU